AUGUUGGCUAAGAUCAAAGAAGAGUUUGGUGUCGAGACGCUGCUCUCCGCUCCUAAAGAUGUCCAUCUCAUCCUUCUGAUGAGAACCCUUCGCAUGUUUGCCUAUGGCUCAACCACGUUGAUCCUCGCUCUUCACCUUUCGACCCUCAAGAACUCGGAUACUCUGAUCGGAAUCUUCAUGUCACUGACACUUGUGGGUGAUGUCUUCAUCUCCUUGCUUCUUACUUUUGUGGCCGAUUCGCUUGGUCGACGCAAUAUCAUUCUUCUGGGGUCCGUAACUAUGGCGCUCAGCGGUGUUGUCUUUGCAACUCAGACCCGCUUCUCUAUCCUUCUGAUUGCCGCAAUUAUCGGUGUGAUCUCGCCAAGCGGUAAUGAAAUUGGUCCCUUCCGUGCAGUCGAGGAAUCUACACUAGCACACCUGGUGCCUGCCGCACAGCGUAGCGACGUCUUCGCUUGGUAUGUCGUUGUCGGCACUUUCGGCACCAGUGUUGGCGCCUUGAUAUCCGGAUGGCUGGUCACAAGUCUGGGUGCCGAAGAAGGGAAAGCAGUGGGCAGCUACCAAGUUGUCUUCUGGCUGUACGCUUUGCUGGGCUGUGCCAAGGCUGGGAUCACCUUCCUUCUCAGUGAUGCUUGCGAACUCGAGAGGGUUGUACAGAAGCCCAGCGCAGAAUUCGGUGACGCAGAAGAAGCAGAGACGUUCAUUCAACAACCCCAAGCGGCUUCAACGCCCAAACCGUCAAGCAAAUGGGCAUUCACUCAGAUCAGUCCUUCCUCUCGCAAAACACUCCUCAAGCUCGCAGGUCUGUUCAGCAUCGACAGUCUGGCCUCUGGAAUGGCUUCCAUAUCUCUCACGACUUACUUCCUCGCAACAAAAUUUGGCUCGGCACCUUCAUCUCUGGGUACGAUCAUGGCAUUCGCAUCUCUGAUGUCGAGUAUUGGCAACAUUGCUGCCUCAAGUGUUUCCAAGCGCAUUGGGUUCAUUUACACAAUGGUGUUCACGCACUUGCCUUCUGCCCUGUUUCUGGCCAUGAUGCCGGCACCACACUCUUUGGCCUUGACCGUGUUCUUUAUUGUUGCUAGAGCGACUCUGGCAUCUAUGGACCAGGCGCCUAAAGCUGCAUUCUUGUCUGCUGUCGUGUUGCCAGCGGAGCGGACUGCUGUGAUGGGUACUUUAAACACGGUCAAGACGGCAGCGCAGAGCGCAGGACCUCUGGUCACCGGCGUUCUUGCACAAAACAACCAUUUCGGUGUCGCGUUCGUCAUGGCUGGAUUCAUGAAGGCCGGUUAUGAUCUCGGACUCUUGCAUUGGUUUGCCGAGAGUAAAAUGAGAGGAGGCUCUGCUGAUGAAGCUAGAGAUAGAGCAAGGCAGCAAGAAGACGAGGAGGGUCAAGAAUUGAGAUGA